UCGAUUAGAUUCGAGAGACAAGCAACGACGGCAAGGACCGGCAGUGACUGUAUGUAGCGUUUGUAGUGGUCGGGAAGAACUUUGGCGGGAGUUGAGCGUUUGUGAUUAGUAGGAGGUAUUAUUGUUCCGAAAUUUGUGUUGUGAGCUGAGUAUUUAGUUUCUGUGCACCGAAAUAAAAUGGGAGAUAAAGAUGGAGAAACCUUUGACGAUGCUGUGGAGGAACGUGUUAUUAAUGAAGAGUACAAAAUUUGGAAGAAAAAUACACCAUUCUUGUAUGACUUGGUUAUGACCCAUGCAUUAGAGUGGCCAUCACUGACGGCACAGUGGCUGCCAGAUGUGACAAGGCCAGAGGGCAAAGACUAUUCAGUGCAUCGACUAAUCUUAGGGACUCACACAUCUGAUGAGCAAAAUCAUUUGUUGAUAGCCAGUGUCCAGUUGCCAAAUGAAGAUGCGCAGUUUGAUGCUUCACAUUAUGACAACGAGAAAGGAGAAUUUGGUGGCUUUGGUUCUGUGAGUGGUAAGAUUGAGAUUGAAAUCAAGAUAAACCAUGAAGGUGAGGUUAAUCGAGCCAGAUAUAUGCCACAGAAUCCAUGUGUCAUUGCAACAAAGACUCCCUCGAGUGAUGUAUUGGUAUUUGACUACACUAAACAUCCCUCAAAACCUGACCCUAGUGGAGAAUGCCACCCUGAUCUCAGGCUUCGGGGUCAUCAGAAAGAAGGCUAUGGUCUGUCUUGGAAUCCAAAUCUGAAUGGCUAUCUUCUCAGUGCUUCAGAUGAUCAUACUAUUUGUCUGUGGGACAUUAAUGCUACUCCAAAAGAAAAUCGCAUCAUUGAUGCAAAAACAAUCUUCACAGGCCAUACAGCUGUUGUGGAGGAUGUUGCAUGGCAUUUGUUACAUGAGUCUUUAUUUGGGUCAGUAGCUGAUGAUCAGAAACUUAUGAUCUGGGAUACUCGCUGCAACAAUACAAGCAAACCAUCACACACAGUAGAUGCACACACGGCAGAAGUAAACUGCCUCUCAUUCAAUCCAUAUUCAGAAUUUAUUUUGGCUACAGGCAGUGCUGAUAAGACUGUUGCACUGUGGGAUCUUAGAAAUCUGAAGCUGAAACUACAUUCAUUUGAAUCACAUAAAGAUGAAAUUUUCCAGGUACAAUGGUCACCACAUAAUGAAACUAUCUUAGCAUCUAGCGGCACAGACAGACGUUUGCAUGUGUGGGACCUUAGCAAAAUUGGAGAAGAGCAGUCAGGAGAGGAUGCAGAAGAUGGACCUCCAGAACUCUUGUUCAUUCAUGGUGGACACACAGCAAAGAUUUCAGACUUCUCAUGGAAUCCAAAUGAACCAUGGGUAAUUUGCUCAGUUUCUGAAGAUAACAUAAUGCAGGUUUGGCAAAUGGCAGAAAACAUAUAUAAUGAUGAGGAACCAGAAACUCCAGCAUCAGAACUGGAAGCUGGAGCUUCAUAAGAAUAAUUCUGACUUUUGAAUUAACACUGUGUACAGUAUGAUUGUAACAGCUAAGGUCUUGAUUUUAACCCGUGGAAAUUGUUACAAGGUGAGAGAGAGUGUAGUGUAUGUGCCCAUAUGUAAUGUUAUGAUUGUUAGCUGUGUCUGCUUCCCUUUUGAAUUAUAAGAUAAAUGCUGCUAAACUAUUUACUGUAAUAUUUUAUGGAAUAGAUUUGAAAACUUCAUGAAGAAAUAUAAACGUUUGUAUUAUCAGGUAGAAAAAUUAAUAUUUGAAUGUAUACAUCACUGUUAAGAUUACAAUCUUCAGGAAUGUGAAAUCAUAUAGUCUACUAAAUGGUUUUUUGGAGGAACCUGCUGUCUCCUACUCUGUUGAUAGAGUCUGUAGUUUCCUCUGAAAUACUGGAAACCAUCUGUCAGACUGCAAGUCAUCCCAGAAGACACAGUCUCAGUAUUCACCAACACGAGCACCUCAAAUCAUACGUACACAGUUUAGUUGCACUUUAUAUGACUGCGCAGUUGGUCAUUUUCAGUUAACUGGAACUAGACCAUUUCACAUAUUUGAUUAGUACGGUAUCACACAUUUUGGUAGUGUUUAGGGCUAUGUGAAUAUGAAGAGUCCCAUGUUACACUCUCAGUCUUUAUGGGUUCAUUUUCUGGUAUUAAUGUCACUAAUGCCUGCAUAGAGCACUCUUUGUAUAUCAUUUGGAAGUACCUCUGUAAGUUUUAUUUUUGAUUUAAGAGGGUUCUUUAAUAUCAAUGAAAAGUGCAGCGUUGUCUUGUGUGCUAAGUGCGUAUACUAUUUGUAUGGUAAUUUUGAUAAUGACUUCAAUUAUGUUCAAAUAUUAAAGGUUCUGGAUCCUCAUAUUACACAAGUAUGUGCACUGAAUUUGGAUGCUAAAUAUAAAUAUAUAUGUUUUUUAUACUUUGGUAUGUUAUAUUAUCAUUACAACCAUGGGUUACUUGUGACCAGAAGCAGAUAAUGUGUCAGCCAUAAUUGGAGCCAUAUAUUAAAUAAAAAUAAUUGCAAUAGUCUUAUUAAUAAAUUAUUUAAGAAUGCUAAACUGAAUCUGAUGCCUGCAAUAUAUUAAGAGGGGAUAUCUUUUAAGUAUGUGAUAUUUAUGGUUUUUAGGCCUAUUGUAAUUCAGCAGUGUCGGUGUUUUUUCUCUGUUCCUCCAAGUUUGCACAAGCAGUAAUCCUGCACAUGAUAAUGCUCCACCAAGCAUAUAUCUUAAAGUCUUUGUUUUAUAUUUAAGCAUCCUGUUACACUCUACACAAUGUAUGACAAACUCCGUCCUAAGUGCAACAAUUUA